AUGGUCUGGCCGUCGGGUCAACACGGACAUUCCACAGGGGAAAGCUCCGGUCUAAAACUCCGGUCACGUAAUCAAGGCGGUGGCUCGUGCGCCGAGGCACCGGAUGAAAACGGAGGCCUUUUCCGAGACAAGCUCGGGCCAGGAUACUUCAUCCUCAACCACAAGAGCCUUGCCAGUGACCAAAGUCUCUUCGGCCAGCUGUGGAAGGAGUAUGCACUCUCCGACUCUCGCUACCUGACCUCCGAUCCAUUUAUGCUCUGUGUUGAGUCCUUCACAGUACUCGUAUGGGGCCCCCUCUGCUGGGCCAUUGUCAUCGCUACUGCCAAGCGGAACCAGUUGCGUUACCCCUUUCAGAUUAUCAUGAGUGUCGGGCACCUGUACGGCGUCGUGCUCUACUACUCAACCAGCUUGAUCGAGCUCUACUCCAACGGAGUAUCGCACAGCAGACCCGAGUUCCUGUACUUCUGGGUCUACUACAUUGGUUUCAAUGCUCCGUGGGUCGUUGUGCCUGCGAACCGUGCGGAUGUGGUGGCCAAGCUGAACAGGAUUGAUGGCAUUAUGGGCGACAAAUCUUGGCAGACAUACGUGCCCAAGGACGAGGAGAAGAAGACGAACUAG